AGACGUUUUAGAGGCGUCUUCACAAUGAAGUCUCACGUCCUGCUGCUUGGAUUCCUGGUGAUCCUUGUUGGAAUCCUUAGUCAUGAAAAUGUCGAUGCAGCUGGACUUUUAUCCUCGUCGGCACAGACCCAGGGAUGCCAAUGCUCGCUAACGAUGUCCUGCAGCUGCUGCCAGAGUGUUUCGGUUGAUCUCCUUAGUCAAAAUAGUACCGUCUGCCUCACUUUGGGCAUUGGCUUGACCAGUGGAACCAUCAAUUUGGGGGCCACAAUGGAUGGAAAUUCGGUGGCCGCGCUAUCCAUCAGCACCGCCAACCCGCCCACAUAUUGCAUUCCCGUCAUCUCAAUGGUUUCCCUGGACAUGUGCAUCAAAGUAAACAUCAAGGUGGCAGGAGUGGCGGUCAAGGCCUGUCCCACCUUUUAUACCGAUUAUGCCACGAACCAGGUCGCCAGCUACGAUUUUCCCUGCAUCCAAGUGGGCAUGGAUGGAGUUAGCCUGAUCUAGAAAUACAAAUGCGACACCCAAAAC